GCGGCGGCGGUGCCGGUGGCGGCGGCCCCGCCAUGGCGGUGUCGCCCUACGUGCAGGCCAUGCAGGAGCUGUUCCGCGCCAACACGCGCAGCCGCGAGUUCCCGGCGCACGGCGCCAAGGUGCACUCGGUGGCCUGGAGCUGCUGCGGCCGCCGCCUCGCCUCCGGCUCCUUCGACAAGACCGCCAGCGUCUUCCUGCUCGAGAAGGACCGGCUGGUGAAGGAGAACAACUACCGCGGCCACGGGGACAGCGUGGACCAACUCUGCUGGCACCCCAGCAACCCGGACCUGUUUGUCACAGCGUCAGGGGACAAAACCAUCCGCAUCUGGGACGUCCGCACCACCAAGUGCAUCGCCACUGUCAACACCAAAGGUGAGAACAUCAACAUCUGCUGGAGCCCUGACGGGCAGACCAUUGCCGUGGGGAACAAGGAUGAUGUGGUCACCUUCAUUGAUGCCAAGACACAUCGCUCCAAAGCUGAGGAGCAGUUCAAGUUUGAGGUGAACGAGAUCUCGUGGAACAACGAUAACAACAUGUUCUUCCUCACCAAUGGCAAUGGCUGCAUCAACAUCCUCAGCUACCCAGAGCUGAAACCCAUCCAGUCCAUCAACGCCCAUCCUUCCAACUGCAUCUGCAUCAAGUUUGAUCCCAUGGGGAAGUACUUUGCCACGGGCAGUGCUGAUGCACUGGUCAGCCUCUGGGAUGUGGAUGAGCUGGUGUGUGUGAGGUGCUUCUCCAGGCUCGACUGGCCCGUGCGGACAUUGAGCUUCAGCCAUGAUGGGAAGAUGCUGGCCUCAGCAUCAGAAGAUCACUUCAUUGACAUUGCUGAAGUGGAGACAGGAGAGAAGCUCUGGGAGGUGCAGUGUGAGUCCCCCACCUUCACAGUGGCCUGGCACCCCAAGAGGCCUCUGCUGGCCUUCGCCUGUGACGACAAAGAUGGCAAAUAUGACAGCAGCAGGGAGGCUGGCACUGUCAAGCUCUUCGGGCUCCCCAACGACUCCUGAUGACGCUGCUGCCCCCAGGGAGGCAACACCUGCCUGCCCUCGAGGGUGGGAGCUUGGCACAGGUGGGCCAAGGAGCUGGCUCAUCUCCUUGCCAGCCUGGCAGGGCUGUGACCUGGGGCUCAGCUCAGUGUGUCCUGUUCUUGGGAGCUUCAUAAACAGGCAGCUGUGUGCUGGGGAGAAUGGGGGGAUUCUGGCAGGCCCCCCUCUGCUGCCUCCUCUCUGGGGCGUGGGGGGCUCAUUCCAAAGGCAAGCGGCCAAAGAAAAUCAGUCACUGAAGGUGGCUGCUGAGGAGCCUCCCAUGGGAGCUGCUCUGCUGUGACCAGGCUCCCCAGCAGUGAUGAGAUACGUGACUGUCCCCUUGUCCCCAAAAGCCUGGUGGCAAGGGCAGCUCUGGGAGCACAGCCUGCCUCUCCCCCUCCCAGACAUCCCAUGUCCCUUCCCUGUGCUGGGGUAAUGAGGGGAGGGUGGGUGGGGGGAUUUGAACUGGUAGAUGUUUUCCCAGCUGGGGCUUUUUUAAAAUAUUUGUGAUGUCUUUUUCUAAUUUUGAUAAAUCCUCUUCCUUAA